ACUUGCCUCCGUAGACACUAAUGAAUAUCCCAGAAUGACGGAGGUGGAGCAGGCAGAGGCCCAGCUCUCAGAGUUAGACCUGCUGGCCAGCAUGUUCCCAGGCGAGAAUGAGCUCAUUGUAAACGACCAGCUGGCUUUAGCAGAACUGAAGGAUUGUGUUGAAAAGAAGACCAUGGAGGGGAGAUCUUCAAAAGUUUACUUUACUAUCAACGUGAACCUGGAUGUAUCUGAGGAAGCCAUGGCGAUGUUUUCUCUGGCCUGUAUUCUUCCCUUUAAAUAUCCUGCAGUCCUGCCCGAAAUCACUGUCAGAUCAGUAGUACUAAGUAGAUCCCAGCAGACUCAGCUGAACUCAGACCUGAUCGAAUACCUGCAAACAAAUUGUCUGGGCGAUGUCUGUAUACUGAAUGCCACCGAGUGGGUUCGUGAAUAUGGCUGUGGCUAUGUUAGCAAAGACUCCUCACCCACCCUGACCCCAGGAAACUCAGUGCAGCCAGGAGACCGCUUUCUCACAAGACUGUGGAUCUAUAGCCAUCACAUCUACAACAAAUGCAAGAGAAAGAAUAUUCUAGAGUGGUCGAAAGAGCUUUCCCUUACUGGUUUUAGCAUGCCUGGAAAACCUGGUGUUGUUUGUGUAGAAGGCCCACAGAGCGCCUGUGAAGAGUUCUGGUCAAGGCUCAGAAAAUUAAACUGGAAGAGAAUUCUAAUUCGUCAUCGAGAAGAUAUUUCUUUGGAUGAUGCAAAAGCUGAAAUGGAAACACAAAGAAAAUUUUCAAUUUUUGAGGAAAAGGUGUUCAGUGUUAAUGGAACUCGAGGGAACCACAUGGAUUUUGGUCAGCUCUACCAGUUUUUAAAUGCCAGCCACUGUGGGGAGGUUUUUCAAAUGCUCUUUGGGGUAGAAGGGCAAUGACCAAAGUAGAAAAACUGGAAAGUAUUUUGAACCUUUUGUUU